AUGCUCUUUAAAAUAUUGCUGACUGUUUUUUUACUAGUCAGCAACCGUUCUUCUGCUGAUACAGGGAUCAGCGGCGUAGCCACUUGUCAUGGAAGGCCGGUAAAUGUGUUUGUGGAGUUGGAAAAACAAGGAGUAACGGGGCCGGUUACGUUGAAUUCGAUGCCGUCCGAAGGUGGAAACUUUACGAUUGCAACAUGGCGGGCGUUCGAGGAGGACAAGACCUACUACCUUGAGAUGUAAGUUACAUACUUUUACGAAGCGUGCCUAAUACUAUCAGCCUGUCGGGAAAAUAAUGGACAUAAUGUCGCUGCGCCGGUCACGUCGCUGACAAGGGAAGUACUCCAAGUGCGACGCUCAGAUUUUCUUUAAAUUUUGCACACACGUUGGGAAUAGAAUAGAUAUUAAUUCCUAAAAGUUUUAGCUGGCACUUUACAGGCACCGUUAUUAAACGAUUUUUUUCCGCCGAGAGAGCACACUAACCGUGGUGAGCGGUCAGUGAGAAAAACACUUUUUGGUCAUAGUUCCGCUCGUUUCGCGCGGAAAAAUUUUAUUUUUUUGUAGAGACAUUAUCUUUCCGGUACAAAUAUUUAGGAAACUUUUCGUGCCGAAAUUCGGCAAAAAUUGUUAAAAUUUUUCCGACUUUCGAUCAAAAAAUAUCGGCUCUUUCUAAAAUGCGCGAGCUAUGAUUCUCGCAUAUAUUUUACUGUUAAAAAAAAAUAUUCUAAAUUUGUGGCAAGUUUCAUCAAAAUCUGAGCGUCGCACUUGGCGUACUUGCCCUGUGAAUCGAAAAGCAAUCUUAUUUUGCCGCGACACAAUUCAUUUUCUGAGUGGCGAUGCGAUUUUAAAAAAAACGGAAAAAAGGUACUAAAUUUAUUUAACGACCAGUCGGUCUACACUGGGGGACCUGAUCCAGCGGCAAAAAACGUACCAUUUUGCAUCAGGGAAGUAUCAAAAAUGUGGCAAAAUGCUUCCCUCUCCAAGUGAAAAAACUCCAUUUCAAAUGCCCGCCCGCUCUUUCUAUGGGAAAGGGCCCUUCAAAACGAAGUUUUUUCACUUGGAGAGGGAAGCAUUUUGCCACAUUUUUGAUGCUUCCCGGAUGCAAAACGGUACGUUUUUGGCCACUUGAUCAGGUUUCCUACUGUAUCAAGCAGCUCUUUUCAGUCACCACAACUGCACAAAAUCCCCGCCGUUUGCGGAGUGCGUUGCGACGCGGAUCAUUCUUAACAACGAUGGUAUUCAAGACCUCAAAGAGAUCCCGUUGGAGCAGCACAACAUUUACAAGGCUUCCGAUCAAUGUAAUUAUUAA